GACAGCCAACUCCCCACUCUGCAGCUCCACUUUCCAUCAAUUCUUUCCUCAAUUCCCUUCUCAUCAUCAGAUUCCGAUCAAUUUCAUUGGGAAACACCGCUCCGAUGCACGUCAAAACGGACUCCGACGUCACCAGCUCGGUCCCCUCGUCGCCGAGAUCUCCCAAACGUCCCCUGUACUAUGUUCAGAGCCCGUCCAGGGACUCCCAUGAUGGCGACAAGUCGUCUUCGAUGCAGGCCACUCCGGCCUACAACAGCCCCACGGAGUCACCCUCCCACCCUUCCUACAGCCGCCACUCCCGGGCCUCCUCCGCUAGCCGUUUCUCGGGGACCCUGAAGAAGGGGAGGAAGAGGAACGACAAGGGAUGGCCGGAAUGCGACGUCAUAGAGGAGGAAGGGGAUUAUGGGGAGUUUUACGGGAGGGACAAGGGGCUGUCAAGAAGGUGUCAGGUUUUUAUGGGGGUUUUAGGGUUUGUGGUGGUUUUCUCUGUGUUUUGCCUCAUCAUUUGGGGGGCUAGCAGGCCUUACAAAGCUCAGAUUGCUGUCAAGAGCUUGGCGGUUCAUAAUUUUUAUUUUGGAGAGGGGUCAGAUAUGACAGGAGUUCCAACCAAAAUGCUCACAGUGAAUUGUUCAGUUAGGAUGACUAUAUACAACCCUGCUACAUUCUUUGGCAUUCAUGUUAGCUCUACACCCAUCAACCUAAUGUACUCACAGAUCACUGUUGCAAGUGGUCAGUUGAAGAAAUACUAUCAGCCAAGAAAGAGCCACCGCACGGUGCUUGUUUCCCUCCAAGGAGAAAGGGUUCCUUUAUAUGGGGCUGGGGCAAGUUUAGCAGUCUCAGCAGAUAAUGAAGGAGGUGUUCCUGUGGCAUUAGUGUUUGAAGUACGAUCACGAGGGAAUGUGGUAGGGAAGUUGGUGAAGUCAAGGCAUAGACGACGCAUCUCUUGUUCCCUGGCCAUUGAUUCGCAUAGCAGCAAGCCAAUCAAACUGAAGGAGAAGUCAUGCACUUAUGCCUGACACUCAUCGAUUCUGCAACUCUACAUGUUGCCUUUCACUUAGAAAUGAUAGAUUAUGGCUGUUUUCGGUCACAGGCAGUUGUUUGCAUUCUUUCUUGGUGUGAAGAGAUAUAUAUUAGUUGAUUAUAUCCAUUAGUAUGGCAGGAAAUUUAAAUAAAUUUUAGAUGCUUUUCUCAGUGGAAACAACUAUUAUUUGAUGUAGGGUAAUAUUGUAUUGAUAAAAUUAUUUUGCUUCAUUAGGAAGUUCCUCCACAUUCAUCAACAAGACUGAGUGUGCAGGCAAAAUACAUGAACAGAAUGCCUUCAGAGUUCAAAAUAUAAUUUUUGAGUUUGGAUUUGGAUUGUAUAAGGAGUAUAUGGCAAUCUUGUACAUGCUUGUUAUCUAUCAAAUUAUGCCUGAAUAUGUUUUUGCAGAGUGGAUGGAGAAGUCUGCUGUGUAACGUGAGAAUUGUGGCUCAAAAUCAAAUAAAUGCAUGUUUGGGAA